UCCUCUCCCCGGCCCCGCUCGCUGCCUCCCUCCGCUGCCCAGCCAUGGCCGAGCCCGGCCGGCUACUCGAGUACAUCUUCAGCUUCUACUUCAUCAGCCACAUCCCCAUCACGUUGGCCGUCGACAUGCAAGCGCUGCUGCCCCGAUCCAUGUUCCCCGGCGCGCUGCAAGGUUUACUAGAUUGGUAUUCAGCUCGGUUCAAAGACCCAAUGCUGCUGGACCCACCACCAUGGUUCAGUGUAUUCAUUCUGUGUGAAGCAGUGCUGCAGAUGCCUUUCUUCCCUUUUGCAGCCUAUGCCUUCUACAAAGGGAGCUGUUCAUGGAUAAGGAUGCCGGCCAUCGUGUACUCCACACAUGUGGCCACAACAGUUGUUUCAACCCUUGGGCACAUUCUGUUCAACGAUUUCUCAAAGUCCACGUAUCCAGGACCGAACACCCUGUCAGAUCGAUUGACCCUCACGGCUAUUUACAUUCCCUAUUUAAUCAUCCCGCUCCUGAUUCUGCUAACUAUGUUAUUCAGCAAUCGGUACAAUUCCGAUGGGGAAAAGAAGAGGAAAUAACUGUUUCCGUAGAGAAUCGGCGGCCCCUUUUUCAAGUGAAAUGUUGAGAAUGAAUACGUUAUAAUUUUACAAUGUUACCCGUGUGGGUUUUCUCCGAGAUCUUCGGUUUCCUUCCAAUCGCCAAAGACGUAUAGGUUUGUAGGUUAAUUAGUUUGGUGUAAAUGUAAAUUGUCCCUAGCGUGUGUAGGGUGGUGUUAAUGUAUUGUAAUCGCAGGUCGGCGUGGACUCGGUGGGCUGAAGGGUCUGUUUCCACGCUGUAUCUGAAGAAUCUGAAGAAGGGUUUCAGCCCGAAACGCUGCCCUAUUUCAUUAGCUCCAUAGAUGCUGCCGCACCCGCUGAGUUUCUCCAGCGUUUUUGUCGAUUUUCCAGCAUCCUUCUUAAACACUUCGCACUGUAUCUACUAAACAACACAAAAUGUGGUGAGAAUUUGGUCUGUUAUGUAUUUAGAUUUUAGAUACAGAGCGGAAGCCCUCCGUCUGCGCCGACCCUAACACUAUCCUACACACUGGGGACAAAUUUAUCAAAGCGCAUUAACCUACAAACCUGCCGUCUUUGGAGUGUGGGAGGAAAUUGUAGUACUUGGAGAAAACCCAUGGAGAGAACGUACAAACUCCGUACCGACAGCACCUGUAGUCAGGAUCGAACCCGGGUCUCUGGCGCUGUGAGGCAGCAACUCUACCGCAGCGCCACUGUGCCGCCCUGUGGCCUGUAUACAUUAGGUCAGGCUGGAGGGAGAAAUCUUUCCACUUUGAUGGUAGUUUAUGCAUCUGUGAUAUUAACUCACCUCAAUACAUUCCGACAUGUUGGUCAGAUCCACAGCCCGACCAUUAACAACACAUAACACAUAAGAAGUAAGCUUAAUUACCCCUCAAUAGAUCACUUUUGAUUAGUCGAGGUUGUUUGAUUAGUAUUACUUUUGAAAGCAGGAGAAUGGGGUUGAGAGGGAAAUAUGGAUCAGCCACGAUUAAAAUGGUGGAGUAGACUUGAUGGGCCAAAUGGCCUAGAGCUUCAACCUAUUGGCAUGGUUUUUAUCACAAAUAUUUCAUUUGUCCUGCCAUCUUCCCCGCAACAUAAAACCACUUCUUAGAAUCUUUUUUUUAAGAAGGAACUGCAGAUGCUGGAAAAUCGAAGGUACAUAAAAAUGCUGGAGAAACCCAGCGGGUGCGGCAGCAUCUAUGGAGCGAUGGAAAUAGGCAACGUUUCGGCCCGAAACCCUUCGCUCCAUAGAUGCUGCCGCACCAGCUGAGUUUCUCCAGCAUUUUUAUCUAUCUUAGUUAAUAAUCCCUCAUUCAAACCAUCUCUCACUGACAAAACGUGUACCUAUUGUGAAAGAUUAGGAAUUAAACGGAUUGGAGAUAUGUAUGAAAUGGAAACCUUUUAUCAUUUCAACAAUUACAAUUAAACUUUACAAAAAAUUACAUAUACAACCUGAAAAGUAACCAAUAUUUUAAAUACCUUCAAAUUCAAGGCUACUUGAAAAAACACAUACAAGGAUAUCAAACUCUAACCCUAGAUUUACUAGAUGAAGCAAUUUACAGUAAGGCA